GUGGAGCAUUGCAGGCACCACCAUGCCUUGACAAUCUGCCUGUGAUGGAUGCCAGUGAGACAGUACAUGACAUCCCGGAUGUAGAUCCUCCAUCAGUCACCUUACCACCACUUGAACAACCUGAACAACCUGACUUUCCUGAUACACUGGAUGUCAUGACUGAAGAUGACCUAAUCGGGAAACCAGCAUCCAUCACUUAUGAGGUCUGUUUAAAGCAGCUUGCAACAUUCCUUGUGCUUCCGGUCCAAAAGUGCCCAUACACAUGUGACGUCACCCAAGUGGAGUGUCAGUGUCGCCCUCCAUUUGAAGUUUCUAUUACACGCAGGGGCACUGCAAGCAUCAUGGAAUGGGUAGGCGUUAUAAUCAUACUACAUUGCAAAUAAGUGUAGAUUAGUAUUGGAGGCAAUGGUAAUACAUUGACAGUGGUUUUCUGAAACUCAAUUUACCUUACAGAGUUGUAGUUUCACAUAUGGAAUCAAUCAAUGCUUGUAUUUGAUAAUGCUAAAUAGACUAAGUUGUGUCCCAUUUAUUGUCAGACCUGCCCGAUUGGCCACUCUGUGUGGAGAUGGACCUCACAGCCCACUGUGAAGUACGGGAUGCUGGCAGGGGACUUCAUGUUGGCAAACCACAUCCUACUCUCAGGAAGCAACUACGCCAAAGUCUCACUUCUGUUUAAGUUUAUGAACAUGGGGAUGGUGGACCGUAGUUCCUUUUUCACAAUUCAGGACACGUACAGUGUAGACACUGUGAAGGAGUUUUGGGAGGAGAGGAGGACUGAGGCAAUACAUCGCCUAAAAGACAAAGAAGUGGUAAUAGUAGCGGAUGGAAGAAUGGACAGCCCUGGACAUUGCGCCCAGUACUGUACAUACACUGCCAUGGAGAACAAAUCCAGGGAAAUAAUCUCUGUCAUCACUGUGGACAAAAAAGAGACUGGGCGAAAUUCUGUGAUCAUGGAGAGAGAGAGGCAUUUGUGCGGACGGUCGACAGUCUUUUGAAUGAAGUGAGACUAGUGGAGGUCUGCACUGAUGCCCAUGUCCAGAUCUCCGCCCUAAUGAACAAAGGAAAAUACAAACACCUUGGGCUGCAGCACAGCUUGGAUAUGUGGCAUGGGGCCAAGAAUUUGGCAAAAAGGAUCCAUGCUGCUUCACAGGUCAAGGGGCAGUCCAGUUUGAGCAGUUGGCUGAAAGAUGUUGUCAACCACUUUUGGUGGUGCUGCAAAACAGCUGAUUCUUACCUGGAGUUCCUUGAGCUAUGGCUUGGGCUCCUACAUCAUGUGACAAAUGAACACAGUUGGGUGCUGGGAGGCUGCCAGCAUGCAGACUUAGAAUCUGGUGGAACGCAACAGUGGCUUGAGCGAGGCUCCAGAGCACACGAGGCCCUGAAGAGCAUCGUUAGAAACAAGCGGUGGCUAAAUGAGGUCCACAAAUACCUAAACUUUAGGUCCACUGCUGAUCUGGAGUCCUUUCAAAACCAUAUUUUAAUGUACGCUAGCAAGCGCUCAGCAUUUAGCCCUCCUGUCUUUGAGGCCAGGAUGCUCCUUGCAGCGAUGGACUAUAAUUACCACAAGGACCGUCCAGAAUUCUGCAAAUCUGAUGGAAGCAAUCUAUACAGAAGGCUGUACAAGAAGAAUGCUCGCAGGUAUAUGCUUUACACUGUGAAGGUAUCCAAGACGUAUGGCUACAUCCCAGAACUGCAAGCUAGGAUCCUUCAAAAGAGAUUAGUUGGUAAGGGGAUGCCCAGACGGAGGACACUACGACCUGAUGACCCCAGAAGGUAUGCCCCACUUCCCCCUGUGCCGGUACCAGCCAUUGAGGAACUCCUGCACACCCAAGUCAGGAGAGGUCUUGUAUCAGCAUUCCGGACUGAAGACCCGUGAAGCCCAGUUUCCAUAGCCUCACAACCCCUGACUAUGUUCAUUGCCAUGCAACCUUUUCUGUCAACAGUACAGAGCAGCUGAGUUUAGUUAUGUAUUUACACUGUUUAACCUUUAUAAUUAUACCAUUUUUGUUACUGUUUCUCUACAUUGUAAAAAGUAUAGCAUUGUUAUUCUGAAUA